AUGCGACGCUCGCUCGACGUCGUGUCCGUGUUCUCCAGCGACGACCUCUCCGACUACGAUGUCAUUUCGGACGGCCACCAAUCCCUCGAGUCCAGCAUCGCCGACCUCGGUCACGUGGCUGGCGGUGCUGCCACCUUCCGCGAGCCUCCGCCUCUCCAGUCUGCCCAGGAACGAUUCGACACCGUCGCGUUGACCGCGGACGACAUCCAAGCGUACGUCCAGAAGGUCGUCCCAGCGACCGUGCCUGCAUUCCAGCGCGCCUCGGACGGCGAGCAACGCACGGUGCGCGUGUAUGUAGACGGCGUAUUCGACCCACUUCAGGCCAGCGAAGCUUUCCUUCCCAGUGUACACUUGAUGGUCGGUGUGCUGGCAGACGACCUGUGUGAGGCCCACCAAACCCCGAUCAUAUGGCCGCAUGUGGACAGGUGCGAAGUGCUGAGACACUGUCGGUGGGUAGACGAGGUCGUACCGGAUGCACCGUGGACCCUAGACGAACAGUACCUCCGCACGAAGAGGAUUGACUAUGUCGCUAUUGACGAGGGUUCGUCGGUGAAUCCUGCAUGCGACAAGGAGCGGUUAAGGGGAUACGAUCUCGUGAAGGGUCUCCGUAUGUUCUCAACUUUCGUGCGGGAUAGCAAAUUCAUUCCGAUCCGAAGGACGAACACGAUGACGCCUGCCGAACCCAGAGGCCUGUCUGUAUUCGUCGAAUCUACGAAGGGUACUGUGCGAGGCCCCGCCAACCUCGCUGCAGCUCUUCAACAGAAGUUAACUGUUGACGAUGAUGCGGAUACCAAUCCAUUUGAAGAACCCAAACAGGAUUUAUUCGGGAUCGGCUAUGGGAUCUAGUCCUUAGUCGACGCCUCAGGUUCUCAGGAUUAGGAGUGUAUGGGCCAAGUGUGGAUUACGGACCGGUAUGUGUGGUCGACGAUGUUGGGUCGCUCGUGUAUCAUUAUUCCUUGCAGAGGCUGAUGUAUUCCUUGUACAACUGAGACAGCGACGAUAUAAUACAUGCUUGUACUUGCACAGCACAAUGUUCGAGGCGAGCCCAAUCUAUUAAUCACGCUUAUGCACUUUCACCAACAUCGGGAGCUGGCUGCCUUUCUCCAUCUCGCCGCGGCGAUCGGGCGCUGGACAGCAGCACGCUGGCGAAUUAUUUCCUCCUUAGGCAGAGCGAGCUCGAACUCGAACGUGCGGAUGAGCGUGAACAGCAAGGCCUUCAUCCUAGUCGAAGAUCACACAGGUUUCGGUUAGGCAGCGU